AUGUCUAUUUCUCAGACAAUGCCACCGCCAACGGCGGACCUCGCCACAACCUGGGCUUUCCUUGAAGAGGGUGUUGACCACAUAAUGACCAAGCUUCAAACGGGGGUGUCCUACUCCAAGUACAUGUCGUUGUACACUGUCGCCUACAACUAUUGCACAUCUCCAAAGAUAAACUCUACUAUGGGUGAGGCUACCGGUGGUGUGGGCAUUGGCAAUAGAACUGGCGCGAAUCUCAUGGGCUCUGAUCUCUACAACCACCUCAUCCGAUACUUCGUUGCUCACUUGAAGGCCCUUCGCGAUAAAAGUGAUACUUUACAAGAAGAAGCUCUUCUGCGAUACUAUGCAGCCGAGUGGGAUCGGUACACGACGGGGGCCAACUACAUCAACCGGCUGUUCACGUAUCUUAACCGGCAUUGGGUAAAGCGAGAACGGGAUGAAGGUAGGAAGACCGUAUACCCGGUUUAUACACUUGCGCUAGUUCAGUGGAAAAACAAUCUGUUUGUCCCGGUUCAACAAAAGCAUGCGAAGCUAGCUGGCGCUAUUCUUCGCCUCAUCGAACAGCAACGGAAUGGUGAGACCAUUGAUCAAGGUCUCGUGAAGAAGGUCGUGGAUUCUUUUGUUUCGUUGGGCCUCGAUGAUUCCGAUACCAAUAAAGCAUGCCUCGAUGUUUACAAGGAACAUUUCGAGAAUCCUUUCAUUGAAGCCACCGAGCUCUACUACAAAAAAGAGUCAGAGUCUUUUUUGGCUGAAUAUUCUGUAUCUGAGUAUCUGAAGAAGGCCGAAGAGAGAUUAAAGGAAGAGGAGGAUCGAGUAGAUCGAUAUCUAAACACACAGACCCGGAAAACCCUCAUCAGCAAAUGCGAACAUGUCCUCAUCCGUGAGCAUGCAGAGCUUAUGUGGGAGAGCUUCCAGAAUCUCCUUGAUUUCGACAAGGACGAGGAUUUACAGAGGAUGUAUGCCCUUCUUUCUCGAAUACCCGAAGGUCUGGAACCCUUGCGAAAGAGGUUCGAAGAACACGUGAAGAAGGCUGGGUUGGCUGCCGUUUCGAAAUUGGUCGCUGAAGGAGAGGAAGGUGUGGAUCCUAAAGCAUAUGUUGAUGCUUUACUGGAUGUCCACCAAAAGAAUUCCGAGACUGUUACUAGAAGCUUCAGAGGAGAGGCAGGCUUCGUCGCGAGUCUCGAUAAAGCGUGCAGAGAGUUUGUCAAUCGGAAUGCGGCGACCGGUACUUCUACAGCGAAGUCCCCUGAGCUCUUGGCCAAACAUACAGAUCUUUUAUUAAGAAAGAACAACAAAAUGGCUGAGGAAGGUGAUCUGGAAGGUGCUCUGAAUCGAGUGAUGAUCUUGUUCAAGUAUAUUGAAGACAAGGAUGUUUUCCAGAGCUUCUAUUCAACGAAGCUCUCUAAACGCCUUAUUCACGGUGUUUCUGCAUCCGAUGAGAGUGAGGCCAGUAUGAUUUCCAAAUUAAAGGAAGCUUGUGGGUUCGAAUACACGAAUAAACUCCAAAGAAUGUUCACAGACAUGAGUCUCAGCAAGGACCUUACAGACAGUUUCAAGGAACGUAUGCAGACGAAUCACGACGAUAUGGACAUUACGUUUGGCAUCAUGGUACUCGGAACCAAUUUCUGGCCACUGAAUCCUCCCACCCACGAAUUCCUCAUACCCGCCGAGAUCCUACCGACCUACAAUCGCUUCCAGCAAUACUACCAAUCCAAACAUACAGGUCGUAAGCUGACAUGGUUGUGGAACUACUCGAAGAAUGAACUGCGAACCAAUUACCUGAACCAAAAAUACAUCCUGAUGACCAGCUCCUUCCAAAUGGCAGUUCUCCUGCAGUACAACAGGCAUGACACUUUGUCGUUGUCGGAACUGAUCACUGCUACUUCGAUUCCGGCGGAACUAAUGAAGCAAGUUUUGGCUCUUCUUGUGAAGGCGAAGAUUCUAAUCAACGAGGAGACCGACCAAUAUGAUCUGAAUCCUGGUUUCAAAUCGAAGAAAAUUCGUGUGAACCUGAACUUGCCCAUCAAGGCUGAAGUGAAAGCAGAAUCUUCUGACGUCUUGAAGAACGUGGAUGAAGAUCGUAAAUAUGUUAUCCAGGCGACAAUCGUGCGGAUCAUGAAAGCGCGGAAGACAUUGAAGAACCAGGUGUUGAUCCAGGAAGUGAUUGCACAGAUUUCGCAGCGUUUCGCACCCAAAAUUCCGGACAUUAAGAAGGCAAUUGAUCAACUAUUAGAAAAAGAGUACAUCGAGCGAGUGGACGGAACAAGGGACAUGUUCGCCUAUGUAGCAUAA